AUGCGAUUUCUGACGCAGUACAGGGGUUUAAGAUAUUCCUUCAAGAGACAGAUACUUCGCGGUCGGCACUGCGCCAUCAAUUUGAGAAUCAGAAACGAUAUCGCGGCAUUAAUCCUCGCCGGAAUCGUGGCUUUACCUUCGUGGGAUCUCGCUAGCAGUGGCAUCGCAGAGGAUAUCGUUAAUCUUUUACCCGCAAUCAAAUCCGACACUGCCAAAGUAUGGACUGAAAACGUGAAGUUCUCCGACAGUGAAGAGGAUCUCUUUUUCAAGAGGAUUUUGCUAAUGAUCGUUGGCCAUCUUGCCGAGAUCGACAUUUAUGUCUUCAUAAUGCAGAAAGCGAUGAUUAUGCCGAUUAUCCUUCGAAUCAUUACGUCCUGCAUGAACGAUAAAAAGAAUAAAGGAUCUUCCUUGUCGGUGAUUCUCUUAGAGCAUACGAUGUAUAUUUUAUCCUUAUUGGCGCCACAAAUAGCGGCGGAAUUUGUGAAAUGCAACGGCACAUCCAUAUUAUUAAUGAUGAUUGAACAACUUUUGAACGUGGAAUUUAACGAGCAUGUUGCGAUGAUUUUUUCGAGAACAAUUUGCUCAAUAAUACUAAAAGACGAAACUGUUUUGAUGGAAGACUUUCGGAAAAACGAAAUGAUACCAUUGUUAAUUAAAUUAACCAGUAAUGUAGUGGGUUUGGCUAAGCUCACAAUGAGAAAGCAACGUAUAUUAACAUUGCUGCUGGUAACCUUAGAGGGUCUCCUAAAAAAACAGACAGAUGUUCAACAGAUGUACGGGCAGCAAAGUAUCGAGUUCGUCAUGGAGAUCUUAACCAAGUGUUUGUGUCAAAGGAAAGAGGACUCCCAAAUAGAUCAACGACUCUUGCUAGCGAUAGGUUGUUAUAUUUGGGAGUGCAUAGCACGGUGUCCUGCGAAACUUCAAGCUUUUCUAAAAAGCGGCGGACUCUAUUCCAUGCUCGAUAUCCUUGAGAUCACGAGUUAUCCUGUAAGAUGCCUGUAUCUCGGUGCGCUGACCGAUAUAUGCGAUUGCAUUUUCUGCGGGCCAUUUUUCUGCACCUGGAGAGGCGCAGAUAAAAAGACAGAAUUCAUGUCCUUGCUCGCGAUUAUCUGGCGAGAGGAAGAAGACCGAAUUGGCAUACAAAGACGCGCCGACGGCUCCAUAGCAGAUCCUGAAUUGCCUCAGAUGGGCAUUAAGCAAUGGACAGACACCUAUUGUUCAAAACUCACUGCAGGCGACAGUCCUACUAUUGUCGACAUGUUCGGUUCGACGCGAUCGAAAAUUUUUAGCAUUCUGAAAAUCAUUGAGAGAGACGGGAAUAAAUACGAAACUGCCAAGAAGCAUUAUAAAGUAUUACUCCACGAGCUGCCAACAAAAGAUCGCAUAACGUUUUGCUGCGUCGAUAUGUAUCUACGGUUGAAGCUCGGUCAAAUGUGGACGGAGCUCAGCAAAUACCUGGAGCAGGCUGACAUCACACCGUUAAGUAUAGACGCCUACCUGAUCACUCAUAUAAUGCAAUGGCACCGAUCAUGGGGUAUACUGAUCGAGGAGCGCCAGAAGAAGCUAAUCGCGACCGCUAAGCGCACAGAAGAAAUUCUAGAAAAAGACGAAUUGGAGAGAAUACGCGAUUCCAAACUGGCCCCAACUUUGGAAGCGCUCGAUGAGGUGGACCGUAUUCGCCGCACGACCGAUAGAUCGUACAUGUUAUGGAAGAAAAAUCGACAGAGACAACAAGUGAACGCGGCAUUGUCGUUUCCACGCGACGCUGAUGCCGAGCAUUGUCACCGAACGUUUUCGGACAAAGCGAACGUUACGGUAAAAUUGCAGAGUUUAUGGAACUUCAAUUUAGCUCUAAUCCUUCGUGAUUUUAUGUCAAGCUGGAUUCGAUAG